AUGUUUUCUAAUAUCGUAAAACGGUUUUCGUCAACAAUACGUCAUUGUCAAAUUGCUUCGUCAUCAUCAUCAUCAUCUUUGUCAAAAAAUUUUUCAUAUCGACAACAUUUAGUUUCUGAUUUAUCUAAUAUAAAUCUAGUUGAUAGAUCAGUAUCUCUUCAUGGAUGGUUACAAUAUCGUCGUAUGAAUUCUUUUGGAGUUCUUCGUGAUCAUUCAGGUCUUAUUCAAUUUAUUCUCCCAUCAUCAAUGAAAGAAGAACGUCAAAUUUUAAAACAAACACCUGUUGAAUCAUGUGUACAUAUUAAAGGAAUACUUAAAAAACGACCUGAAAAAGAUAUUAAUACAAAUAUGCCAUUAGGUCAUCUUGAAGUAAUUAUAAAUGCUUGUUUACCUAUAUUACCACUUGAUGUAUCAAAAUAUCGUGAAUCAGAUGAAUCAACACGUUUAAUGUAUCGUUAUUUAGAUUUUCGUCGUGAUGUAAUGCAAGAACGUAUUCGUUUUCGUUCAGCAUUUAUUGCAAAAGUACGAGCAUUUUUAUUAAAACAUUCAUUUGUUGAUAUUGAAACUCCAUCAUUAUUUCGACGUACACCUGGUGGAGCAAGAGAAUUUAUUGUUCCAACUCAUUUACAAGAGGGUGGACUUUUUUAUGCAUUAACACAAAGUCCACAGCAAUUUAAACAACUUUUAAUGAUGGGAGGAUUUGAUCGAUAUUUUCAAAUAGCAAAAUGUUUUCGAGAUGAAACAGGACGUCCUGAUCGACAACCGGAAUUUACUCAAAUUGAUUUAGAAUUAAGUUUUGUUUCACGUGAAAAUAUUUUUUCUUUAGUUGAACAACUUCUAGUUGCAUGCUGGUCUGAUAAAGUUGAAAAUGUUCCAUUUCCUCGAUUAACUUUUGCUGAAUGUAUGUCACGUUAUGGAACAGAUAAACCUGAUACACGUUUUGAACUUGAAAUAGAACAUAAUGGCGAACAACUUUCAAUAACAAGUCCUAUUUCUUUGAAUGAUACUAAAAAUAUAAUCGAUGAUAAUGAUAUACGAUAUGAUAAUAAUAAUAGAAAAUUUCUAUUAAAUAAAACAUAUAAUGAAGAUGAAUGUUUAAUUAAAAUGGGAAGAUUACGUUUAAAAUUAGCUGAUGUACUUGAAAAACAACAUAAAAUUGAAUUAAGAAAAAGACGUCAAUGGAAUUUUUUAUGGGUAACUGAUUUUCCAUUAUUUACACCCAUGGCAGAUGAUCGGACAAGAUUUGAAUCAACUCAUCAUCCAUUUACAGCACCUAUUGACGAACAUUUAUCACUUUUAUCAUCGAAAAAAGAUUGGUCACGUAUUAUAGGUCAACAUUAUGAUCUUGUUUUAAAUGGUUUUGAAGUUGCUGGUGGUUCAAUUAGAAUUUAUGAUUCAUUUAUACAACGUUUUAUUCUUCAUGAUGUUCUUAAUUUACAAGUCGAACAUUUAGAACAUUUAUUAAAAGCACUUGAAUAUGGUGCACCACCACAUGGUGGCAUUGCACUUGGUUUAGAUCGUUUACUUGCUCUAGUACUUGAAACAGAACAUAUUCGAGAUGUUAUAGCUUUUCCAAAGACAAGUAAUGGAAAAGAUCUUAUGGCUCAAGCACCUAGUCCAGUUGACCAAUCAGAAUUAGAUUAUUACUUUUUACAAAUAAAAAAAACCCAUAGCUGA